AUGAACGCUGCGCAGUACCUCUUGGACCGCGUACGCACGUGCAAGGCGCUGCAUGAGAUGAGCGAGAAGAAGACGCGUAGCUGCUUCUCGUCCGUUGGCAGCGCCACGCACUCGUUCCAUGGCGACGACGCCGUGGGCUUUGGACCCAGUUACAUGGUCGUUGCCGACGGCGUCUCGGGCACGAUGAAGGCGUCUGGUGUGCUGGCUCGCAUGCUCGUGGACGAGACGCUGGCGUCAUUGGCCAAGCUGCACAAACGGACCCGCGAGAAGGUGUUGAGUGCCUCGGACGUCAGUCAGAGCAUGGAGGUGGCGAUCAAGAGUGCCCGCAAGUUGGCCAAGAACAAGGGACGCCUCGAUUCGACCAUUUCGACAGCUUUUUUCGACAAGACGUUGCGUCGGAUGUUUGUGUAUACAAUUGGUGACUGUAAAUGUGUGGUCUUUCGCGGGAGGGACGUCGUGUUCGAGAGUGACUCGAUCAUCUACGACUUUAAUGUACCCGCUGUUGUGUCGAGCAAUGAGUCGAUUAACUAUGAAGAAGACGUGCAGAUCCAGACUUUUGACUACGAAGCAGGGGACGUGUGCUUCAUGUUCUCGGACGGCGUACACGACAAUCUGUACGUGGACGACAUUGCGUCGAUUGUCACCUCGGUAGUCGACCGUUCGCCGCCGACUCGAUGCAGACGUGGAGCAGCUGACGAACUGGCACGACGGACAGUCCAACGUGCCAAGGACACUUUUACAUGCACGUCGGUGUACAUUCCCUUUGCUGUUUCGGCUGCAGGGUUUGCCUGUGAAGCGUUGAACGAGUUGAAGACGAGCAACACUGUGGAUGCAGAGGAGUUUGAGCGCUUUCGACUGCAGUGCGAGACCAUUCCGUCCUUGAGCGUGACCCGCGCGGCGUUUGGCAAGGAACGCCGCGUCCGUCGAUUGGCUUUCUACAGUGCGUCGAACUUGCUGGCCUUUGCGCACAAGAAGCAAGGCAAGCGCGACGACAUUUCCGUAUGCGCAGCAGUGCUCGCAUGA